AUGGCUGAGCGAAAGGUCCUGAGCAAGUGGUAUCCGCCUGACUUUGAUCCGUCCGCCAUCGAGCGCUCGGCCAAGAGCAAGGAUGGCAAAAGCUCCAAGCUUCCAAACGUUCGACUGAUGACUCCUUUCUCGAUGAAGUGUACCCACUGUGGUGAGUACAUCCCGAAGGGUCGUAAGUUCAACGCUCGUAAGGAGGUCACCGAUGAGCGCUACCUUUCGAUUCAAAUCAUCCGCUUCUACAUUCGUUGCACCCGCUGCAGCGGUGAGAUCACUUUCCGCACUGAUCCCAAGAACAAUGAUUACCAGUGCGAGAAUGGUGCCAAGCGCAACUUCGAAGUCUGGCGCGACGCCAAGGACGACAAGUACCAGGACGAGACCGAGGAACAGACUCUCGACCGACUUGAGAAGGAGCAUGGCGAGAAGGAGGACCAAAUCGAGCGCGACAAGAUGGCUGAGCUUGAGGACAAGAUGCUCGACUCCAAGCGCGAGAUGAAGGUUGCCGACGCCCUCGACGAGAUCCGUACCCGCAACGCCCGUAUCGAGCGUAAGGAGGCUGGUGGCGCUGAGGCUGCUCUUGCGACCGCUCAGGCCCAGGCUGACGAGGAGGCCCUCCGUGCCGAGCAAGAGGCCGCCGCUGACGCCGAGGCUAUUCGCCAGGAGUUCCGUGAGAAGAAGCGUCUCGCCCAGCAGGCUCAGGUCGACGAAGAAAUGCGACGGCUGGAGGAAGAGUCCGCGAAAUUGCGGGCUAAACCCUUUGUUGUCAAACGCCUCCCCCGCCGCAGCGAAGUGCUGGCGGCCCGACAAGCCCUCUUCGAUCAGAAACGCCCUCUUGACGCUGGGGAUUCCAAAGGCAUCCUUGAUAAGAAACGCCCUCUUGACGCUGGAGAUUUCAAAGGCAUCUUCGAUAAGAAGCCUCGCAAAGAAUAA